AUGGCGAAGAUGGAGAAAUUGGAGUGUUCGGAGCUGAAAAAUAUUUUCAAUGGAGCAAUAGAUGUUGAUGCUGGUGGUCCAAUAACAACCAAAAAAGAUUCAAACAAGUUGGAAAGCACGAAACAUCACGUGAUGAAGCCAUUGGCACAUCAGGCAGCUCCAAGUAUGCGUUCAGAAUCAAGCUGGAAUAGCCAAAAUCCAUUACUUGAUAACAUUGUUAUCCAAAAACCUCGGCCAAAACCCAGUAAGCCUGUGAAUGCAAAGUCUUUCUUUACUUCUCUUGCCGCCUGUAAUUGCAACUGCUUCGAUAGAAACUCCAUUGAUAUCGACGUGAGUGAAAUCAGUUUCAAAAGACCCAACGGUGAGUUAUUAUUUCAACGAAAGCAAAAUAAAACAACAGCCGCUAUAAAGGAAGACCCUUUCACAUUCCGCACCAUGGAUUCAACCGUGGCUAUUCGGCCUAUUAAAGUGCCAUCGCAAGGAGAUGUCGAUGAAAUCGGAAGGAAAUCGUUGGAGGAGAAACUGAGAAUAACAAUAAUUCUAAAGGUAAUUGUAAGUGAUGCGAGUUCGGAUUUGUUCAAGAUCGAGAGCUUAACAGGGAAACCGAAUCAUUGUUACGCACCGAGCGGGGCCAGUAUAGAGUGGAGUGUGGUCACUGCAAGUGCGGCUGAAUACGAUGAACGAAGGCCGCCCACAAGUUUAUCGAGUCCGAUAAAAACAUUUCCAACCGCCACCGACUCAAAGACGAAAAUCAACGUCCAGAGGCCACGUUCUAGUGGUCUAUUGGGGUGUAAUAGCUCGAAAGCAGUAAAGAUAGAUGGUGAUGCGCAUAAAACGAAUCAAAAGGCAGGUUUAGACCCAAGAAUGAGGCAUGUGUCGGACUCGUACAUGCCCGUGACGAGACUUGGAGCCGACAGUAAACUCGUUGAUGCGGGUGCUUUUGAACGUAGGCUGAUACUCGCCACACGCUCCCUUCCCGUUCCUCCUUCACAUUCACCAUCACAAGCUUCUCCUCUGUUGUAUAUUCAGUAG